AUGUUAUUGCAUAUGGUGUUUCUACUAAGCGCUUGCACUUAUUGGCAACCAACUCAGACCGCCAAACGUCGAUUUCUGCUAGAGGUGUAUAAUGUCACUUGUCAUGGCUUCCAAUCUCCCGUCAUAAUGUUUGAAUGCGGUUUCAAACACUUGGCCAAAAGUCGCUUUGCCCUAAGCAGCGCAAUGGUGUUCAAUAGAGAGCUGCCCCGCAGCGUCCAGGUAGGCAUCGAUGUUGACAGCUUGCCAAAAAAUGGAAAAAAAUUGCGAAAACGAAUGGAUUUGAAAAUAAAUCUUUGCGAUUUAUUAAACCACGUCAAUCUCUUGCCCAUUGUUAAGGACUAUAUGCUUAGUUUAUAUAGGUCAACUAACUGGCCGAUAUUGUGUCCAUUUUUGGCGAACCAUCAAUACAACAUGACCGAUCUGACAAUUACUGAGGAGAAUAUUCCUCCUCAUGGUCAAAUUUCACAAUUCAAUGCAAGCAUACUUCUGAUUGACAAAGGCAGACUGUUUUCAAAGUAUACGGUAUUCGGAGCCCUGGUGCCGAGAUCGUGA